AGGCGGCGCGCUGGGUCCCCCGACCCACUGAAUCCCUCGGCGGUUUGGGUGUCCUUUGUCCGGCGACCUGUCCCUGUGCCCGCUGUGCCUGCCCUGCCGCCGCGGCCACUCCACGCAGGAGACGCCGGCGACUUGGUAGUUGGAGCCCCUCGAAGAGCGUUCGAGCACCCCGCUCUGCCUCGGGGGCCCAGGCUACACUAUCACCCCAGCUCUCACUGCUGACGUGAAGCCAUGAGCUGUGUCCUGCACAGUGUCGUGCCCUGGGCGCUAGUGCUGCUGGUCUGCGGAGCCCAAGGCUUCUUCCUGCCCAACAUCACACACUUAGAGGAGCUGCUCAGGAAAUACCAGCAGGACAAGCCCCACUCCCGGGUCCGGAGGGCCAUUCCUAGGUCGGACAGAGAGGAGAUCCUCAUGCUUCACAACCAACUGCGGGGCCAGGUGUCCCCGCCAGCCUCCAACAUGGAGUACAUGACCUGGGAUGAAGAGCUAGAGAAGUCAGCUGCAGCCUGGGCCCAUGAGUGCAUCUGGGAGCACGGGCCCACCAGCCUGCUGGUGUCCAUUGGGCAGAACCUGGCUGUGCACUGGGGCAGGUAUCGCUCUCCCGGCUUCCAUGUGCAGUCCUGGUACGACGAGGUGAAGGACUACACCUACCCCUACCCCCACGAGUGCAAUCCCUGGUGUCCGGAGAGGUGUUCCGGGACCAUGUGCACCCACUAUACACAGAUCGUUUGGGCCACCACCACCAAGGUUGGCUGUGCUGUGAACACCUGCCAGAGGAUGAAUGUCUGGGGAGAUGUUUGGGAGAAUGCGGUCUACCUUGUCUGCAAUUACUCUCCAAAGGGAAACUGGAUUGGAGAGGCCCCCUACAGAACUGGCCGGCCCUGCUCCGAGUGCCCGUCCAGCUACGGAGGCAGCUGCAAGAACAACUUGUGUUACCGAGAAGAGACGUACAAUCAAAAACCUGAAACGGACGAGAUGAACGAGGUGGAGACGGCUCCCAUUCCUGAAGAGAAGCACGUCUGGGUCCAGCCAAGGGUGAUCAGACCUACGAAGCCCAAGAAAGUGUCCCCCGUGAACUACAUGACGCAAGUCGUCAGAUGUGACACCAAGAUGAAGGACAAAUGUAAAGGGUCCACAUGCAACAGGUACCAGUGCCCAGCAGGCUGCCUGCACAACAGGGCAAAGAUCUUUGGAACACUCUUUUAUGAAAGCGCGUCCAGCAUCUGCCGAGCCGCCAUCCACUAUGGGGUCCUGGAUGACAAGGGAGGCCUGGUGGACGUCACCAGGAACGGGAAGGUCCCCUUUUUUGUCAAGUCCGAGAGGAACGGCGUGCAGUCUGUGAGCAAAUACAAGUCUUCCAGCUCAUUUACGGUGUCAAAAGUAAAAGUGCAGGACCUGGACUGCUACACCACGGUUGCCCAACUCUGCCCAUUUGAGAAGCCGGGGACCCACUGCCCAAGAGUUCGUUGUCCAGCGCACUGCAAAGAUGAGCCAUCCUACUGGGCUCCUGUGUUUGGAACCAACAUUUAUGCAGAUACUUCGAGCAUCUGUAAGACGGCUGUGCACGCAGGAGUCAUCAAGAACGAGAGUGGGGGUUACGUGGAUGUGAUGCCCGUCGAUAAAAAGAAGACCUAUGUGGGCUCACUCAGGAACGGGGUUCAGUCUGAAAGCUUGAGGACUCCCCGGGACGGGAAGGCCUUCCGCAUCUUUGCCGUCAGGCAGUGAACUUCCAGGGCAGGGGAGAAGGGGGCGUCUUCAAGAGGGCUUUGGGGUUUCUCUUUUUAUUUUUAUUUUGUCAUUUGGGGGGUGGGCCGGGGAUAUAGAGAGUCAGGAAACUCCCUUUGAAUGGUUUUCAGUGUCACAUCCCCCAUGCCUCGGUCCCAGUUCCACCCAGUGGAUAAGCGGAGUCCUUGGGAUCCUGAGCAGACAGCUGGCAACCAUCCCACUGGGGGUGUCCACCAGGAGACACGCUCUGCAUGCAUCACCUGAGGCGUCCCUCCCCACACAUCCUUUUGUGGGUCGGGGAGAGGAUUCCAAACCCGUGGAGACAGUAAAGGACUUGGAGCUCACACUGUGAGGCAUUCGGGGGCAUGAGAAGAGGUGAACUGAAAAUACUCAGGUGGAGUUUCGAGAAUGGAGUAGAAGGUAGCUAUUUAAAACAUUAAAAAAUACAAUCCGUCCCUACCAAUGGAGAAAAAUGGGUUUAAUGUUUGCUGGUCAGACAAAUGGGCCGGAACAAGGGGGCUCUGCCCUGGCACCUGUCCUGCUCCCAUUCUGCGUGCAGGCUGGUUCUCUAACACAGCAGUGCUGGUUUAUUUAGAGUUCAACAGUAACUCUAGAGGUGUAUCUUGUCUUAGUCCUUCCCUUCGUCCACGUGGCCCGUCUGUUUGCUGCCGUGACCUUUGGUCUCAUUGAGGACUAAGGAACCAGGACCCUUCCUCCCCUCCACUUCCUGUGGCUCACGCCUCUCCCAGACUAAUUUACAUCUCUCACCAGGGUCUUUGCUUGGCAAGCAAUUCUGUUUGAAGCCCACUUUUAUUUUUAAACUCCUCAUCUCUGUUGAUUCCACUGAGAUGUCUAAGAAUGGCCAAAGAAGGGCUGUUUUGUUGCUGCUUAAAAAAAAAAGGCAAUUAAUUGUGCUGAUUUCCCCAGCCAUCGGGUGACCUGUUUUUUAGCAAUGGGAGGAAUGGAUUCAUUCCUUUCUACAUUCCUCGCCGAGGUUAGCAGCUCUGGGAAGAGGAACAGCCUGUGGUUAUGAAACCGUCCUGCGGCGUAAUAACAACAAGAGAUGGUGACACACUAGAAGGAUUUCUCUUCCUGUUUUUGUGGAACUGCUCUUGCCAAAUGUUCCCGAGGCUCCGAGGAGUGCGGUGCUCCCUGGCUCCCAUCAGUGUAUAUAAAACUUCUUCCUAAGCCUAGACUCAAAACCCACAGUGAAACAAAAUACCCUUUUGUAAAUAGCAUUUCUUUGCAGAAGGUAAAAUUCUACCCUCUACCACCAGGCUAACCAAUAUAUUAUUACUUUUGUGAAUGCCGGUUUCAAAUUUGAUUUCACCCUCCAUCAAAAUAUUUCGAAGGUGAAAAAACUAGCAGAAAGUGAAAAGAUAGUCUGGACAAGGAACUCUACCUGGAGGAUGAAGUUGGUGGGAUGUUUGAGUGCGUUGCUCAUUAGCGCAGAAAUGAAGGUAAUUAGCUUUCCCCUAUUUAGGGAGUUUGUAAAAGCAGCGAACCCCCUUGUUUGACAAAACUGAAAUUAGCAGGACUGUGUUUUUGCUGUGUGCACUGUGGGCUUCUAAUUCACAAGCACUGACUGUUCAACUCCAAAUGUCAGAGCGGAAGAAUUUGGUCAGCCUGUCUGAUACUGUGUCUAGCUCCCGCCAAAGAUCUGAGUCCUUGGAAACUUCUGAGUGCUAGAUAUUGUGCUGUUGGACUUCUGCUGGUCACCAGCCUUUUGUGGCCGUGGCCACGUCCAGACUGCAAGGUUGGGGUUUUAGAAUUAGUGAUGAUCCAGGGGAAUUUCAGUGAGUCUGCUUUUGAAGCAUCCUUCCGGAGGGAGAAUAUGCAACUUCUGAUAUGAGUCGACCCUAUCAUUUGAAGAUAAAACUGGGUGCCUCAUUAACCAGCCCAUUUGAUGGGCUAGAAACUCCUCACCCAGAGCCAGACCUUGCUGUCUUUUUCACCCUCACAAACAUUUUGGAACUGGGAUCCUUUUUCCUCCAAAAGUGGACACAGGGCUACAAAGCAUAAGCCCUUGUCAUCAGAGACCACCUCUAAUUUGGUGUGUUUUAUAGGACCCAUCGUGUAAUCAACACUUCACCCAUAAAAAGAUGAUAAAUCAAAGAACAACCACAACAAAAAUAAUAAAUCAGGCCAACAGUAUUACUGGGCCCCCAAAUGGAAAGUUACUUUUCCCUUCCGAUUUUUGCCCCAUUGUGUUCUGAUUUAUCAUACUGUCUGUAGGCUCACUCAGCCCGCAGCUUACGUGUGUGCUUUUUUCUAUGAAAAAUGAUGUAUUUUACUACUUCCUGUGUACAAAAGUUUAUUGUAAAGUUUUCGUGUGCUUCGCAUGAACAGGGACCACGUUGCUGUUGUUUCAAUAAAACUGGUUUGAUUUCUAAAAUGUCUCUGUGACGUAUCUUUUAUGGACAGAUGGGAACCGCUUGUGGAAUAAAAAUGUUUAAAACCUC